UAAUUUCCAUCACACAAGUCUUUAAUUUCUCACUUUGCUAAUUCUUCUUCUUCUUCUUCAUUUGAACAAAAAAAAUGGAUCUAUCUCUUAAAUAUUCAUGCAUUUUUAUAUGCAUGAUUAUGCUUCUGCCAGCAUUUUCCUACAGCCAAACUUUAAAGUCCAAAGCAGCCUUUUAUGCUACUGCUGAUGGCAUGGGAACACCAACUGGAGCCUGUGGAUAUGGAACCUAUGGCAAAGAUGUAAACAAUGGGGAGGUGUGCACGGCCUCUAGGCGUAUCUUCAGAAAUGGAGCUGGUUGUGGUGCAUGCUACCAGGUAAGGUGCAAAAACAGUGCAUUAUGCAGUGAAGAGGGAACAAAAGUUGUGGUGACAGACAGUGCAGAUGGACAAGAAACAGACUUCAUUCUCAGCUUCAAAGCCUAUGCAAAAUUAGCUAAACACCCAAGUUUGGCACCUCGUCUGUGUGGAAAAGGUGUUGUUGACAUAGAAUACAGAAGAGUAUCUUGCAGAUAUGGGGGAAACCUUAUGGUUAAAAUUCAUGAACAUAGCAAGUACUCUGAGUACCUUGCUAUUGUUGUCUUGAACCAAGGUGGUACCACUGAUAUCCACGCUGUCGAAGUCUACGAGGAAGAAAGCCAACAGUGGAUAGCAAUGAGAAGGGCAUAUGGGGCUGUGUGGGACUUGGCAAGCCCACCAUGUGGAGAUCUUAAAGUAAGGUUCCUAACAAGUACUAGUGUUGAAACCAAAUGGGUGCAAUCAGACAAGGCUGUUAUCCCUGCUCAGUGGAGCGCUGGACUUACCGUUGAAACUGACAUUCAGCUCACUUAAUAAGCAUAGUUAAUUACACAAUCUACGAACUAUAUAUGUGUAGUUCUAGUUAAUUUGGGUGAUUUCUUAGCUGCAGGUUUGUUUAGAUAAAUAAAUGUACUGUACGUUAGAUGUUAUGGAACCUAUAUGGUGUAUUAUAAGCAUGUAUCUUGUAGGUUUUUAAGGUUGUAUUCUGUAUUUCCGUUUAGUGAGAAUUAUGAAUAAAAAGUCGUCAUUUGCAUUUCGA